CUGUCCACAACGUGGAGUUGGCGCGCGCCAUCCCUUCUCCAAUUUUUACCCUCUAUGCUGUGUCUGGUUGUGCUUCCAUUUAUCCCAGAAAGCCCCAGAUGGUUGGUUUACAACGAUAGACUUGAGGAGGCGAAGCAGGUGUUGGUGAAAUAUCAUGCUAAUGGAGAUGUCGGGGCGGAGGUGCUAAGAGUGGAGUUGAAUGAAAUCGUGCAGACGUUGGAGUACGAGAAGAGUGUGCAAAAAGCCGGGUUCAAAGCUUUGAUUGCCACCAGGCCGAAUCGAUGGAGAUUUGGUAUCGUGGCUGCCUCUUUUUGUCAGAUCUCAGGAAACAAUAUCAUUACUUAUUAUCUAGGCACCGUUCUCACCACCAUCGGUAUAACAGGCGUACAAACACAAUUAGCUAUAAAUCUGGGCUUGAGUGUGUUCAAUCUCCUCUGCGCCAUAGCCGGCAGCUCCGUCUGUGAAAAGAUAGGACGUCGUCCUUCUUUCCUAAUCUCAACCUCAAUAAUGGCAUUACUGCUUAUAAUCGUCAGUGCAUUGACAAAACAAUUCUCCACCACCCCCACCACCGCCUCCUCUUCCGCCCAAGUAGCCCUGAUCUUCCUCUUCUACGGCGCAUAUUCACUCGUCUGGACACCACUAGCCUACCUCUACCCUCUAGAAGUGCUGUCGUUUUCCCUCCGCGCGUCCGGAAUGGCUAGUUAUAAUGGAUUGUGCUAUACGGCUGCAUUCUUCAAUACGUAUAUAAUACCUUAUGCGAUGGGGUGGUCGAGUUGGGGGUUUUAUUUGAUCACGGCCGGGUGGUGUUUUGUGGAGGUGGGGGUUAUGUGGGUUUAUUUCCCGGAGACGAAAGGGAUGACGUUGGAGGAGGUUGAUGUGGUGUUUGAUGGUGUGGGACAUGUUGAUUUGGAUGUUGAUGUUGAUGUUGAGAUGAAGGGGGUGGAGGUUGUUGAGGGGGAGGAAGUUGUGGUUGAGGUGGUUGGGAAGGAUGGCGACGGUGGGAAGGUGAAGCAGUAG